AUGUUCCGAUUAUUUAAAUCAGACUUUUUCAACUUCGAGACACUGCGUCUCCUGAGCUUUACUCCGUAUGAAGGCGGAGAAAUCGCCGAGAUUCUCGAAGCAAUCGGGGAGAUCAAAGACAACGACGUCGAAAGCUGGUACUCGGCCUGGAUGAAAGCCGGCACAAAGGCAGAAGCAGUGGCCGAGCAGGCAGAAUUGGCUGGCAAUCGCAAUGCGGCAAGACGGGCCUACUUCAGCGCAUCCAACUAUCAGCGGGCUGCCCAGUUCAUGCUCAACGGCCGAAACCCGAACAAGGACUCCCGCAUUUUGUCGGCGUCAGAGACCGCGAUAUCCAAUUUUAGAAGGGCUACUCUGUUAAUGGAUGCAAAGGUCCAAUGCUUGGAAAUCCCGUACGAGAAAGGAGUCAACCUUCCAGCAUACCUUUAUCUUCCCCAUCCUUCUAAGCAACUUCCGGGAAAGAUGCCAUUUAUUCUAAACACUGUCGGCGGUGAUGCUACUCAGGAAGAAAUUUUCAACAUUUUCCCUCGCGACGCGCUCGAGCUCGGGUAUGCAGUGCUUACUUUCGAGGGUCCCGGCCAGGGCAUUGUCUUGCGGCGUGACCAACUGCCAAUGCGUCCAGACUGGGAGUUCGUCAUCUCUGCAGUGCUCGAUUUCGCUUUCGAAUUUGCCAAAGAUCAUCCGGAGCUGCAGCUGGAUAUGGAUAGGCUGGCCAUCUCCGGGUCAUCUGUCGGUGGAUACCUAUCUCUCCGUGGCGCUUUGGAUCCUCGCGUCAAAGCUUGCAUUGCAGUAGAUCCGUUCUACUGCAUGUGGGACUUGGUUAAAGGCCGCAUGCCCGACUUUUUCAUCAAUACCUUCGAGGCAGGCGGCUUCGCCUCAGACGAGGCAUGGGACUACCUGGUCGACUUCCUUAGUUGGGUGAAUGUCCAGACACGGUGGGAGUUCAACCACUUGCGAUGGAUGCUGGGAGUCCAAUCAGCCGCGGACGUAUUUCGCAAGAUGCAAGAGUUCACUUUCAGUCGCGAGGACGGUGUGGACGUGCUGCAUUCGGUCCACUGUCCAGUCAUGGUCACGGGAGCGGGGUAUUCCAUGUAUGCCAAACCGGAAAUCAGCACAACCCGCAUAUACAAUUGCUUGAGUCACUUGGACGAGAACCAGAGACUCCAGUGGAUUGCGACAGAGCCUGGAGACGGCGGCCUGCAAUCGAAGGUGGGGGCUUUCGGUGCCUUGACACGACGGAGCUUUGAGUGGCUGGACAAAUUGCUUGAAAUUGACCGCAAGAUUCCGUUGAAUUUUUAG